AUGAGAAUCGGUAAGAAAAGCAGAGCAAAAUCUCCGAAAACGGAAAUCUCAAAAAGCUCCAGCGUUGUAAUGUGCAGGAAUGGGUUCGUUGAUAAUUAUAUGAAGAUCAAUAGAAUACCACUCCUAAGAUCAUGUGUUGUUGAAUUACUUUCCGUUGAAUCGCCAUCAUGCAUAUGGGUUCGGCUCAGAAAUCAUAUCACUUCCAAUCUUGUUAUUACUGACAUGAAGAAUCUCAAGAAGGUGCAAGAUGAUAUAAAUGAAAAUGAUUAUUAUAUGGCUCCUAUUGAACAAGGUAUGUUUGCAAGAUGUCGUUUACUCAAGAAAUCAAAUGAUUUGAAUAUGGGGGUUCUAGUGAUGUUCAUCGAUCACGGUGUAAAGAAAUGGAUAGGAAGGAAUACAUUGGCUGUUAUGCCAAUAGCUGAGUUACCUUAUCAUCCAUGGCAAGCUAUAUGUAUAUCAAUUCAUGGGUUGAGGAUGCAAGGAAACCCUGCAUUAGAAGGAAAUUUAAGAGCUAAAUGGAAUUCAGAGCAUGCGAUAAUUUUGAAAGAACUUAUGAGUAGUUUUACGCUUUUCAAGACAAGAACAAUGUUUAGUACAUAUUAUUGCAAUGAUUAUAGUGAGCCUAAUAAGGUAGAGCUAUUUGGCUUGAAAGGUGAAGAUGAUACAAUGGGUGUAUCAAUUGCUCAUCUCUUUUCCUGCCGCCUCGGAAACCUAUUUGUAAUUCCAAUCAAUGUAUAUGAUUCUUCCAUGAUAGAACCGAUAGAAAAUUGUGAUCAUGAGGAUCCUAGUAGUGCAUUCAUUCCCGAAUUCCAAAAAGUCUGGCCUGAAGGUAAACAGGAAAGGCACCAGGAGGGCUCUGCUGACGUAUGGGCUGGCUGGUCUGUCGAUAUAGCUCAGGUUCCGCUGUUGACACCUGAUUAUCUUUACGCAAAUGGUUAUGCAAGUGAGCGGACCAUGGAAUUCCUUGUGUCUGUGGAGGGAGAAUACACAGAGUCUCCAUUCGAGUGGUAUGCUCGACCGAUGAAACGAACCAACACACAUGAACUGUCCUACGAAGACGAAGAACGUGUACUGACAAAAGAAACUGUUGAGUUGAUGUUAUAUGCCGACGAAAAUUUGAAAACAAAAGCCGAUGUUCUGGAUUCAUUUUAUUCUCAAAGCUGUAAUAGGUUCAGUUUGAACAAAAAAGAAAUAUGUGAAUGGCUCAGUACUGGUAAGAAAGUGUACGCGAUUCUUGAAACGUUUGAAGAUCGUGCACCAUAUACUGGAGAGUGGCAGAGGGUUCAGGUUAUGCACUGUGACGACUCUUGUCAAGUUCGUUAUCUUGACUCUGGUGGGCGUGAACUAGUCAUUCCUGGACAGCUAUAUAAAAUCCAUCCAAGCCAUUGCGUUUAUCCACCACUCUGUGGACAGUUUUGCCUACAUGGAUAUAGAGAUAAAAACCCAGAAUAUGAUCCUUCGAAAAAUCAGUGGUCAGAUGAAAGUGUCAAAGUAUGGAAUAGGCUACUGCGGGUGGAUAUCCCUAUUUCUAUAAUGAGAAUAGGUAUGCUCAACAAGGAAACCAAGAAAAACCCUAUGCGGUUCCAAGAAGACCAUAGAAGCAAUUUUGUGAGACGAGAGGACCUGGUGGUGCUAUCGAUGAUGCUAGUAUCCCUGUUGUUUGGUCUGAAUGAUAUUUACGAGAAAUAUCAAAUUCAAUAA